AUGAAUAAUUUUAAAAAUUUUCAAAGUUUUAUCACGGAAACAAAUCUCGAGACAUUGGUCUCCAAUCUAUCUGAUCUAUUAUACUCGUUAGAUGGCGAGAGUUUGAAUGAUAUGAUUGCAUUAAUAUUAUCAGAAAUCUUAGCCCCAGGUUCCCAAAAUGGCCUUCAAUCUAAUCUGAAUAAUAGUUGGUUAACUCCAUUAAACAAAAUUGGUGAUGCUACUAAAAUUGGUGAAUGUGUUUCACAGGCUAUCGUUGACACUGCCAAUAAUAAAAUCAAUUGGAAUCGUGUCUUUAAUCUGAUGUCAACGAAGUAUUUUUUAAACAAUAAAAAGGUAAAACUAUCAAACGCUUCAUUAAGUUCUGUUUUUUCAAUCUUACGUUCAGGUGCAUUAAUUGAUGAAUUUUUGGAAUGUGACUGGGACUUAAAUUGUAAAUUAGACAUAGCUUAUUUGUUGCAUAAAUGGUCUAUAUCCGAAGGAUGUUUUAACUUAUUAGGACUAGAAGAUAUGAAACCAGUAAUUACUACCACUAACGAUCUUCCAAAUGAUCUAGACUUAAAUCAAAAAAUGUCAUUAUUGUAUUUCAAGUCAAUUGCUUCUUUAAACUUAGAAAUAUUUUUGUUACGAGAUGAAAUGGCAGAGAAUGAACAAUUACCAUUAUAUCAAGAUUUUUUCUUCCAAGAUUAUAAUAACGUACCAGAAUUUUUAGCACUUGCAUUGAUUUUAGAUUAUAAAAAAUUUGUUCUAUUAACUGAAAAUAAGGCUACCAUUGAUGAGCUCUUGGUUACCUUAGCUUUACAAGUUUAUGAAAAGAAUCAAGUUUUUAUGAAAUCACUUAUUAAGAAGCUUAAUACUAUAGAUAAUAACAGUGAAAAACUUGUAGAAAUUACAUCUUCUAUUGCUAAUAAUGAUAAAUUAUUAAUUUCAAAUUUUAUCAACAUAUUAAACGAAGAAAACAAACUAAAUUUUAUAAUCAAUAAAAUGGAGGUAGGAGAGUCCAUUAAAAUACUAUCCGCCGCAACACAAGUAGGUUGGAAAGGAUUUGAUGAAUAUAUUGAUAAAAAUUUGAAUAUCAAUUCAGUUGCUGGUGUAUUGGAUUAUUUGGAAAAAAUAUGUUCUAUGAAUGAUAACAAUACACUGGAUAGAAAGUCUAGGGUUUUCGACAUUUCUUCGUUACAUAAAAUCAUUACUAAAUUAAUGAACUUGCCUAUGAAUCCUCAAGAACGCCAAAUGUUUGAAAAAAUCCAAUUAUCCAUUAUUAUUGUAUUCCCUAGAAUAAUCAAUUUUGGUUACGGUAAUGAUGACGCCAUUUUGAAAAAUGGGGAUUUGGUUCCAAUUCCAGCAGAAGUUGAAACAGAAAUGCAAAGCUAUCUUCAGCAGAUGUAUAGUAAUGAACUAAGUAUCAAAGAUAUCAUCGAUCUUUUGAGGAAAUUAAGAGAUAGUGACAAUUCUAGGGACCAAGAUUUGUUUACUUGUAUGACGCAUGCAGUUUUAGCUGAAUCGACAUUUUUCAAAGAUUAUCCUUUGGAUGCAUUAGCUACUACAUCAGUCCUAUUUGGAUCAAUUAUAUUAUUUCAAUUAUUAAGAGGAUUUGUAUUAGAUGUUGCAUUCAAGGUUAUUUUGAACUUCGCAAAAGAAGGACCAGAAUCAAAAAUGUUUAAAUUUGCAAUUCAAGCUAUAUAUGCAUUUAAAAUGCGUUUGGUUGAUUAUCCACAAUAUUGUAAAGAUUUAAUCACCCAAAUUCCAGGAUUGCAAACACAACCUCAGGUUUAUCAAGCAGUUGCAGAAGCAGCUGCGUUACUAGAUCAACGUGCUGCUACUACCGGACCGAAUCAAAAACAUCAAGUUGAAUAUAUCCCUAUCAAGUAUUUUUUUGUUGAAGAAUUAGUCACUGGUAUACCACAAGAGAAUCCUUCAAAAGAUACCAUUGAAAAAAUCUUAUUUUUAGUUAACAACAUGACCGAAGAAAAUUUUGAUUCUAAAAUUGAUAAUAUUAAAUCUUUGUUACAACCUGCAUAUUCUUCCUGGUUUUCACAUUACCUAGUCACUCAAAGAGCUAUAACAGAACCUAAUUAUCAUUCGUUAUACAGCAAAAUCAUUACGUUUAUUGAUUCAGAUGUACUAUAUGAAUAUAUGUUAAAUACGACAUUGAAACAAUUACUGCUGUUAAUAUCAACUAAGGAAGUCAGUUCAAUUGAUAAGAACGCUUUGAAAAGUUUAUCAUCAUGGUUGGGUAGAAUUACUUUAGGUGUCGACAAACCAAUAAGACAUAAGAAUAUUGCUAUUCGUGAGCUUCUUUUAGAUGCACAUAAAAAUAAUAGAUUGGAAAUUAUUGUUCCAUUUGUUUGUAAAAUCAUUGCUAAUGUAAUUGAUUCAAAAAUAUUUGCACCACCUAAUGCUUGGACUAUGGGUAUUCUGAUGCUAUUGGCGGAGUUGAAUAAGAAAGCAAAUUGGAAAUUAAGUUUAACGUUCGAAGUGGAAGUCUUAUUCAAAUUACUCUCCAUAUCUUUAGCGGAAAUAGAAGAAUCACAUUACUUGGAAAAUAUUGAUAUUGUAGAAGAAUUAGCAGGUAGUUUGAAUAAUGUUUCAGUCGAACAAAGGCAUAUUGAACAACAAAGGCAAAUGGCAACAAUACAACAAUAUCAACAUCAUAAUGUAUCUAUUCAAAAUAGGCAAUCCAGUAUCCCGCAUAACAAUCUUCAAGGUGAACAACAAAGCCAAUCUGAGGUUGGUACUUCAAAUGAUGAGUUAUUUUCCAAUCUUGUCGGUUCAACUCUCUUCGUCACACAUCCUGAUUUAAGACGUGUAUUUAGAAUGGCUAUUGCAAAAUCCGUUCGUGAGAUUCUUCCACCAGCAAUUGAAAAAUCAGCAAGUAUUGCAGUGGUAACAACAACAAGAAUAGUUUCGAAAGAUUUUGCAACAGAAGUCGACGAUUCAAAAUUUAAGGCUGCAGCCAUUACUAUGGUCAGACAGUUGGCGCAGAGUUUAGCCCGCACCACCUCAAUUGAAUUAUUGAAAGAUGAUAUCCGCACUACAACUCAAUCAUUGGCUCCAAAUUUGACAUCGUUAAUUGCACAACCAAUGGAAGAGUUGCAAAAAGCUAUCGAUGAAAAUGUUGGAAUUGCCCUAGUAAUCAUUGAAAAUGCUGCUAUGGAUAGAGCUAUGCAAGAAAUCGGAGAACAUUUGAUGCAAGAAAUUGCCAUACGUCAUUAUCAUAAAGACAGAAGAUCUGACCAACCAUUUUUAAGUCCAAAUGCUAAUCCAUAUGCAUUAGGAUUACCUGAGCCUUUAGGUUUAAAAACCGCUGGUGUAACUCCUCAACAAUUCAGAAUUUACGAAAACUUCGGUAAAUUCAAGAUAAACAACGACAAUGUAUCGAUUCCACCAGGCGCACCAGUUGGGAUCAAUAACCAACAAAGAAAUAUGCCACAACAAAAUUUGAAUAUAAAUCAGCAGCAGCAGCAGCAACCACAAAUAUUUCAAAAUUAUGCUGCAGGAAUGCAACCUCAAGUUAAUGGGCAAAUUCCUGGUGAUAUCGAACAGGUUCAUCGUGUGCUAGUUCAAUUGAUGGAUAGCUUGGUUAUUCAAAUCAAAGAAAAUUCCAAUAAGAGUGGUUUAAAGGAUUUAGAAGAACAAAAUCCGAUUAAACAAAUUAUUCUUCAAAUAUUAUCGUUUAUUGACAAUAGUUUACAAAGGGAUCAAUUAGCAUUGAAAGUGGCACAGGCUGUAGUAAACAGUUUAUUUGCUACUAGUGACAGUCCGCUGUGUAGAGAAGUAUUAUCUAUAUUUUUGGAACAAUUAUGUUCUCUAUCUGCACUUGCCAAAAAAGAUGUAAUCUGGUGGUUGAUAUAUGCCCCUGACAGCAGAAAAUUUAACACUUUGGUUAUUAAUUCAUUACUACAUGUAAACUUGAUCAUAGGUAGUGAUGUGGAUACAAUGCUAUCUGUUGCAAUAAAUAACAAGAUUGAAAAUGCAGUAAUGUUUACAAUUAAAUUGUUGCAGGAAAAUAUCCUUUCAGAUGUAUCAAUCAUGAUGAGAAUGGACUUUGUAAAGACAGUUAAGGCCUUAUCGCUGAUUAACGACGAAAAUGUUAGAUCAUUUUUAGAUGAAUAUAAGUCAAGAAGAAUUAUACCAAUAGGUCCAGAAGUUAAAAUUUCGGAAACUGAAAAAUAUCAUGCCAUAUUCACUGAAUGGGUUAAGCUACUUGAAGAAGUCGAACCAAAUGAUGAAAUUACUGUUGUAUUUAUUACACAGUUAUUGAAAAAAGGAGUAUUAUCAAACACCGCAGAUUUAACGAAGAUGAUGAAAGCGUCUUUAGAAUUAUCUAUUUCGAUUUUUAAAGAAAGUGACCCAACUGGUGAAGUGUUUGUUUCUAUCGACGCAUUAACAAAAUUGAUAAUUUGUUUAAUAACGUAUCAGGUCUUCGAAACUAUUUCCAUAUCUGAAUUUAUUCAUAUUAUUUUUAGUGUUAUCAUCUUAGUUUUCACUAAAGAUCAUGAACAAACAGGUUCUACAUUCAACGAAAGGCCGUAUUUUAGACUAUUCUCCAAUAUGUUAUCUGAAUGGUCCAAACUUCGUGGUCAUAAUUUUGUCAACAUCAACGAUGCAAAAAUUAGAAAUGAAUUUAUAAAAUUCGAUUCUGAAUUUUAUGAAAUAUUUUCUACUUAUUUACUAGCCCUGCAACCAUUGGCCUACCCAGGAUUUUCAUUUGCUUUUAUCACCUUACUAUCUCAUAGAAUGUUUUUACCUGUUAUGUUACGUUUACCAGAGAAUAAAGGUUGGGAGAAUCUAACACUAUUAAUAAUUGCCUUAUUUAAAUUUUUGGAUCAAUAUACUGAAAAAGAAGGUAUUUCAAAUGCCAUUUCUGUCGUUUAUAAGGGUACAUUGCGUGUUAUGCUGGGAAUAUCAAAUGAUCAACCAGAAUAUUUAAUUGAGAAUCAUUAUGAAUUAUUAUCUCAUUUAACAGCAUCUUAUGUUCAAUUGAAGAAUGUUAUACUUUCUGCUGUACCAAAGAAGAUGUUUAUUCCGAAUCCAUAUAACCCACAGCUAGAGAUGAAAGAUAUUGAAGAUUGCCAAAAAAACCCAUCGGUAUUCUACGACCCAGUUCUUGAUCUUCACGUUUUCAAGAAGCCUGUUGAUAAUUACUUGCGUAUUCCUUCUAAUUCAUUGUUCAAAACUAUAUUAAAUGCUGUGCAUAAAAAGGAAUAUGUUAUGAAAAAUGGUGUUGGUUACGAUUAUGUUGCAGUUGAUACUAAAUUAGUACGCGCCAUUGUGUUACAUAUUGGUGUCGAAGUUGGCAUUGACAAUGAAAAGACAUCAUCUAAUGUCAUUUUUAACACAAAAUCCUCAUAUUACACUUUGUUAUUUGAUUUAAUUAAUGAAGGUUCCGUUGAAUUAAAAUCCCAAUUGACAGAAGCAAUCGUUGAACAAUUAAGAUAUCCGAAUAUACACACUUAUUGGUUCAGUUACGUUUUGAAACAAUUUUUUUAUUCUCAAGAUUGGGGUGAAAAGACUUCUGAGAUUCAAGAAAUUAUUUUACGUAAUCUGUUAGAAAGAAUUAUAGUCAAUAAACCUCAUCCAUGGGGUGUUACUGUAUUGUUCACGGAAUUGUUACAUAAUAAAGAUACAAAAUUAAUUGACUUAAACUGUGUUAAAUCUGUUCCAGAAAUUGAAAAGAUCAUCAAAAUUCUCUCUCAAACAUCCGGGAAUAUGAAGGUUGAUGCUGUUGAAAACACAAUUCAAGCUCCACCUAUUCCAAUUUUGUAA